AUGCCAGAGGAACUUUGGGCUGAAAAAGGCGACAAAAUUUCUGCUCUAAGUCCAUUACACAAUGAUGGAUUUAUUAGAGCAAGAAAUAUUAAUUUAAAUAGAGAAGGGAAUUUUCCAAUGUUUUUACUCAAAAAAUAUACAAUAUUUGAAAAAUUUUCGGCAUUUGAUAAUAUUAAAGAAUCUGACAUUCAUUAA